AUGGUGUGGGUGGUCGAGGGCACGCUGCAGAGCACGUCAAGCGACGGCUCCGAAGUCUUCCCCGACCCCACCUCUCACUACCUCCGUCCCUCGCGCCUCUACCGCGUCGGCCGAGCAGGGGGCGUCCGCGCUCCCUCGAAAGCGGGCCAGAGCAAGCCCGGACCGGCGUCGAGGAAGAGGCCGUAUGAUUUCAGGAUCGCGAGUUUGAGCGUGUCGAAGGAGGGGUUGGCGGAGUUUGAGACGGGAGGGGAGGAGUGGAUGCCUGAAGACCGCCCCGAACUGCCGGCAAACAGCCUUCCCUACCCUCUCACCGUCACCCUGCACAAGCGGUUCCUCCUCAGGCGCGGCGAUGACGAGCCGGUUGAGCUGGAGCUGGACGAUGGCGCGGUGACGGUCGAAGUGCACGACGGAGAUUACUUGCAGGAGAGAUCGAAGGGAUACUGGUUCCAGUUCAAAUGGGUGCCGACCAACCUGUGCUUUUCGAAUGCCUCGUCGGCCGACAAGAAGAAGCAUCGUGAGGCCGCAAAGGCGCUGGGCAUCAAGGUCGCCUACCGCGACACCCACCCGCACCACACCCACUUCAUCGCGAAGCGCUGUAUCCCGAACGCUCUCCUCCUCCGCGCCGCCAUGCAUCUCACCCACAUCGUCUCGCACGAGUGGUACGACGAGCUUCUCUCCGUCACUACCGCGCCCGCCUUCCCCGCCGAACCGAUUCCCGUCCGUCCCGGCCCGCCGCCUGAAGGAGCGUCGAAGGAGGAGCUUACGGCGCACGACAAGGAGGUUUCGCGGUACGAGAAGGAGCUGCUCGCGAUGAACGAGGACGUCGGAGGAGACCCGACCCGCUGGUGGGGCCACUGCCACCUCGAGAACGACUGGGACGGCGCUUGGCCGAGCGAGACGGACCCGAAGAACCUCCCGGCACCGUUCGAGCACUUCCAGCCGACUGUCUGGGCGAAGAACGAUGCGAGGGGUGACUUGUUCAAGGACGUGCUGGUCGUCGAUUUCCGCGGACGGGAGGACGCGGACAACCAUGCAGCAGAGCUCGUCACUCUCGGCGGCGGAAGCUUCUUCGCUUGCAACGUCUUCCAGCAGGACCCUCCGCCUUCGACGGUCUCUGACCUCCUCGAUGCCAUUACUACCUUCAAGACAGACCACGGCUUGAGCGGCGGUAGCAAGAUCGCCAUCAUUCCGCCUGCGGGCGUGUUCGUCGACGAAGGAGAAGAACCGGGCGGAGACGGCGCCGAACAGCGGAAGGAGUUGAUCGAGGACCUCCAGCGAGCCCUCCGCGUCGGCAAGGUCUGCAACACCGAUAACCGCGAGAUUGCCGAAGCGAUCUACGAGGUCGACCUGACGCCGCUGCAAGGUCCCGAAAUGCCGCCUGAACAAGCUGGCCAAGCAGCGUCGACCCCUCGCCAGACGCAGCGUACCCAGGCAUCGCAGUUUACGCAGGCGACGCCUCCCUUCCCUACCGGCGGAGUGCCCGGGACGCACCCCGAGAGCGUCUACGGCGAAGGGUCGACUGCGGCUGGUCCCGCACCAGCGGCUGACAGCUCGCAAGCGCAAGGCUCGUCCACGCAGACUCAGCCAACAAAGAGGCUCACGCGCCGUGCUCGUACUGGGCGCACAAUCCUCGACAACCUCUUCGAAGACGAGGACGACGAUGCUUCCGGCUCUUCGCGCCCGCUCACGCAGGAUAUGGACGGCGAACUCGUUACCGGCACCCUCGGUUCGACUUCGGCCGGCACGUCGGCCGGCGCUGCCAUGGAAGUCGACGCGGGCCGGGAGGCGUCUCCUGCAACGCCGGCCCAGGCGCCGCCUGCGACAGGUCGUCUGCGGCGCCGUGCGGGCCAGAAGACCGCAGUCGACCUCCUCCUCGGCGACGACUCGCCCGAGCAAGACCGUGGCGGUACGCAGAGCAUGCACGAGGAGCUCAUGCGGACGAAAAAGACUCGCGAGGAGCGGCUCAAGGCGAUCGAAGAGGAGGACCAGCGUCUCGCUCGCGAGGAGAUGGAGGCGAGUCAGGCCGCGGCGAAGAAGGGCAAGGGCAAGGGUCGCGCGGGCGACGAGGACGGCGGACGCGCCACAGCGGCAGGUCGUCGAAAGAGGGGAAGGAGCCCAGCUCUCGGCAGCACCGAUGAGGACGACGCUGAACCUGCGAACAAGCGUUCGACGAAGAAGACCGGCGAUGCGCCUCUCGCGACCACGAAAAAGCGGUCGCGGGCGGCCAGUCGCGAUCCAGGUGCCUCGGCCUCGAGCGAAGACGAUUCUCGGACGGCUCGCAAGAAGUCCAAGGCGCCCGAGCAGACUUCGCCAGCGCCCGCUCCGAAGAACAAGAAGGAGGCGGCCGCGCUCAAGAAGGCCGAGAAGGAGGCUCGCGAGCGUGAGGCCGCACGGCUCCUUCAGAUCAAGCCGACGAAGCGCAAAGGCGCCGAGGUCGAUCGCGCCUUCAACGAGGAUUUCAACGCCCUCAAGAUCGUCAAGCCCGUCAUCAAGCACAUGCCGCGACAGGACCAUCACCGCAUGAAUUGGGAAGAGGAGGACUCGGAUGUCGAGCGCGACCGCCUCAUCUCGGCAGACCAGGAGCGCCUCAUUCGCCGUCAAGCAGACGACAGCGACGACGAGGACAUGGACCCCGACAACUGGAGGCGUCCGACGCAGGCCAUGUUCGUCAUCAAGACGCUCGACGUCGAGCACAAGCAGCGCCCUCCGCCUCGCACCGACAUCAACCUGGACCCAAAAUGGGCGGGUCGCCCCAACUUCAAGAAGUUUCGGCCGAAGAACUCCAAAGCGCCGCGUCCUGCGCUUGCAACCCGCCCGCAAGUCUCGCUCGUCCUGCCGGAAUCCGUUGACUUUGGUCUCGGCCCAGGCUACAACGAGCGCAAGGGAACUGCCUUCUCGCAGGUGCAGCGUGCGGACGACGAAGACGACGAGGACGACCUGUACGAGGCCAUGACGACCUCGAAAGGCCAACUCAAGCUCAACUUCCCGUCCAAGACUGCCAGCAAGGCCAAGGCGUCGACUUCCAAGGCGUCGACGUCCAAGGCCAAGCCGAAGGCGAAGGGCAAGGCGAAGCGAGUUGCGGAUUCGGAAGACGACGACUCGGACGCCAUGGGCAGCUCGAACACGGUGCGCGGCGACGACAUGGAGAUCGAUGAGCUCGACGACGACACCGCGACGCAGCGGUCGACGGCGAGCGGACGCAGCGGCUCUCGCAAGGCGCCUGCGAAGCGCGCAGCCCCCGCCCGUAAAGCCGCCCCCGCGACCAUCAUGAUCGACGACGACGAUUCGGAUUCCGAUUCCGGGCUGACGUUCAAGGGCUUUGGGAAGAAGGCAGCGAGCGGGCGUGGUCGUUGA